CUCUCAAUCUUUGUCCUGACUUCAACACCGUCACUCAUACAAACCUGAGCCUCACUCUUCCUACGCUUGUGUCUACUGUGCAAUCUCUUCAAUUUCUCGGUUCUCAUAAGGAGAUACUGACAGGACAACGAUAUCAAGGUUCAAGAACAUGGCGCCGAGAGGCCGUGUCAUAAUUCUGCGACGUGGGGCGGCCACUGCGGGCGAUCGUGCAACCAGCAAUAACCACGACGAAGCCCAUGCGCCACAAUCCAACGGCAAUGCAGGUCCGAGCCGAAUCCUUAGCCGUGGCGGUGGGGGAGCCAGAGGACGGGGACCAAGACCGAGAGGCCAAAAUGCUCAUUCUCAAAAUGUCCAUCAACAUCAACAACAGCUAUCCACCACUACCCAGCGCUCUACCACAAUACACCUUUCUCCCGAAGCACUGCGAGAGUUCCCCCCAGGAUCCUGCGGCCCAUUCAUCACACUCAAGCUCAAGAAGCGAGACCAGCAAGCAGUGCCGGGUUUUCGCAAGUUUUUCUCAGAGUCACCACCAGUUUUGUCGUCAGGCGAUACAUCGUCGCACACAGAUCAAGGACCCAGCCCAGAGACUCCAGCUCCGGAUCAUUCCUCCCCUGAUUUCGUGCAGCUGGUUGAUCCUGCGGAUACAGAUACGGCGGAUCAUCAACCUUCACAGCAUACUGUCGACGUUGAGCCCCCAGCAAUCGUCGAUAACGACAACGGCAACAGCCUUGUACAAGGAUUUGCGACUACCGGUACUGGCGAACCCGACCUGGGUCCCCAGAACUCGGCAACCACAAUGGCCCCCGUCAAAGAUACAUCCAGCGUCCACCUAACCAUCAAAGACAUAAUCCAACAUCUCUCGGAUAUCCAAUUCCAAACGCACGGCUAUGUCCCCGAGACUCAGGAUCUGAUGGUCGAUAAAAUGACCGACCUCGCACAAUCACUCGCUCGUCUACAGUCUUUGACGUCCACAACAGCAAGCCCGAACAAUCAUGUCCACAGUAUAUCCAUUGCGCCUGAGAUCGUGGACUAUGUCGACGAUGGACGCAACCCCGAUAUCUUUACUAGGGAUUUCGUGGAGAAUGUCCAGCGCGGAAAUGCUGUGAUCAAUGGCAAGCAGCAGGCUUUCAGGGAUUUUACGGAGAUAUAUGCGAAGGCGCUGAAGGAUGGUGUGCCGGGUGUGAGGAGGCAGGUUGAUAGGGUUAUGGAGAAUGCUGGAUUCGAGAUUGAACACGGCGAUGCGGCGAACGGGGCAGGACAGGGAGAGUCACAUUCAUGAAUGGAACGGAUGGUAUGCUGCGGACUAGUCUGUUCUUCAGGAAUGAUUUAGUUGACGAGGAGUAUUGGUCAAAACAUGCAUAGCGAGAUGAAAU